AUGGGAGGUGGCUUAAUGUUCAAAGGGGUUGACAUCACUAGAGCAGGUAGCGCCGCGAUAGUCAAGGGGACAUCUAUUUCGAAUAUUACCGAGAUUGCCGAUCAGACCUACGCUAUCGCCAUCCUUAAUAUCUGGGUCAUGACAGAAAUGUGGUUUAUUAUCAUCUUCGGUUCAAUACCAGUCCUGCGCCCAUUCUUUGUGCGGUUUACUCAGGAUAUCAAAGGUGCGACUGGCCAUGCUUCAGAAGCUCAAGGCCUGUCGUACGGCCCUCAAGGCGAACAUCAAACUCGAAAUGGGCGAUAUUUAGAGUUGAAUGAGCAAUUACAGUUUCCUGGCAGCGCCUCUUGGUCCUCACACACCUGCGCAUCCCACGUCACCGAGCAGUCUGAAAUGGGGAGAAGACAUUCUUAG